GUUACUAAUGUCUGUUUAAAGAUGGCGACUCGCAUGAGUUAAAGGGGCAAAUGCGUUCGCAAGACCAAAUACAAAUGAAAGGAAAUUAAUCUACAUAUCAGAAUGGUUUUAAAAAACAUUAUUCGAUCUGCGGCGUUGUGUUUACGGACAUGGAGUGUAUUUUCAAACGUAAGGCAGGGCAAUAAUACUUUACUGGGAUUCAAACAUACUCAGUGCUGCUCCUAUAUGAACUGGACGUCAGCAAGUACAUAUAAAGGUGAUGAAACCCUUCCAGGCCAACCAGUGAGACAGUAUGCUCGGGCAGUUAGAAAGAAACAAGAAUUCCCAAGUCAACUUCAGGACUUGCCUCCAUCUUUGCUGAAGCCUGAAUAUGCAUCCAUCCCACUUGCGCAAACGGUUGACAGUGUUGUGAAGAAACUGCUUACGCUGGAGUUUGCAAAUCAUAGUGAAAAAUUGCAUAUGAAAGAGGAACAGCUUAUUGCCAAGGUGAGGAGAGAUGAGAAUGACCACAGCUCAACAGAAGUCAAGGUGGCGAUUUUGACAGCGCGGAUACGCAACUUCCAGGAGCACUUGCACAAACACCCCAAGGAUAAAGCUAACAAAAGAUGGAUGCUCAUGAGCAUUGACAGCAGGAAGAAAAAGCUAAAGUUUCUGAGAAGGACGCGAUAUGAUGCAUUUGAGAAGGUAUGCCAAGAGCUUGGCAUCACUUACUCGAUCCCUCCUGAAUACUAUCGGCGUGUCACCCGACGCUGGCUGGCCAAAAAGGCCUUCUGCAAUAAGGUCUUUAAAGAAGUCCAGAAACAAAAAGCAGAGCAGAGAGAAACAGAAAGAAGCUCUGACUAAGGGAGAAGAGACAGCGUCAGAGUCCACAGAACCACAAGGAACUGCUGUGUUGACAAGAUCAGCUUGCCAAGAACUCUAGAGACUUGUGUUCACUACUAAAUGUGUUCUGAUAAAUCCAGAAGAACAUCUGAGUGGCAAUUUGGUAUGUUCUCUCAAUGUUUGAUUCAUACCAAGAACAUCGAAGCAAGACAAUAAAAAAACCAUCUAGGUCAAUAUCAAAUUAUGUCUCUGCUGUUUUGAUGUUGCCAUUUAUUUUAGAUUAAUUUCUCCAAAAAGUGUUUGAGGUAAGAUCUGUCUUAGAUGCACCAAAUAAAAGACCUUAAAAAUGCA